UAUGUAUAAAAGCGAGAAGAUAAUUACCAGUCAGUUUCAGUACCUAACAGAGCAAAUUUUGAUUUUGAAGCACACGUUACGUUAGUCUUGUGCGGAUCCAAAAAUGAUAAAGGAAGUGAUAGUGCUUUGUGGAGUGCUCGCAUUAUGUGCCUGCUUUCCAGCGGUGGAAGAAUCAAAAGCAGUGGCCCCUGCAUCAGAAGGUGGUGCUAUUGUUGUGCUGACCGAAAGUGACGAAACUGGUGCUUCCGAAGAUCUGGAUACGGCUGAGUCUGCCCAUCAUAGGCAUCAUCACCAUCACCAUCAUCAUGGUGGCUUUGGAGGUGGAUAUGGAGGAGGAUUUGGAGGAGGUUACGGUGGAGGAUUUGGAGGAGGUUACGGUGGAGGAUUUGGAGCUGGAUACGGAGGAGGUGGAUUUGGCAGGGGUUACGGUGGAGGAUUCGGCCCUGGUUAGGGUGGUGGAUUCGGAGGCCCUGGUUUGGGUGGUGGAUUGGGAGUGGGUGUCGCUGUUGGAGUAGGUGUUGGUGGCGGAUUAAUCGGUUAAUAAAUCAAUACCGUGUUUUAGCUAAUCAUAGAAAUUCUUUUCUUCAAAUCUAGUGUCCGAAGUGUUUCGAAAUGAUUAUUAAAAUAGAAUGUGUUUCACACGUCCCAAAGUCAGCGUAAAUAUUCUGUACACAU